AUGCCUUCCGACGACUACACCCCCAUAGUCCGGGGCGGCCUAAAGCUCAAAGGCUCAUCCUCAGCAGGAAUCAAAAAGAAAAAGAAGAAGGACAAGUCCAAAACCAGCACCGGCGCAACCAAAGAAGAAGCGCUCACGAAAGCCAUCGAGAACAAGGAUACCGAGAAGACAGAGAAGGACGACGAAGAUGAAGUAUAUCGAGGAGAAGACGGGGAGGAGUUAGAUCUCACAACGCUCGAACAGCGAUCGGCAAAUGAUGGCAAGACGGCGAGUGAGAGGGCUUAUGAGGAGAAUAGGAGGAAGAGGGUAUGUAUCUCUAUCUCUAUCCUCAAUCCCCUUCCUCAUUUACUAUCUGAAUUCUAUGUGCUAAUUCCUGGUUGCAGUUACAAGCAAGACUCCAAAGAGAAGGUCCAAAAACACAUAAACAGCGAGUUGAGAACCUGAAUAAAUACCUCUCCAACCUCUCCGAACACCACGAUAUGCCGCGUAUCGGGCCUGGAUAA